AUGGCCAACCCGAUGUACGGCUCCGGGCCGCUUCGAUCCAGGAACGCGUCGAGCUCGGACGAGAUCCAGCUGCGGAUCGACCCGGUGCAUGGCGAUCUUGACGAGGAGAUCGACGGGUUGCACUCGAGGGUUCGCAUGUUGAAAGGCGUCGCCCAAGAGAUAAACUCCGAGGCUAAAUUUCAGAAUGAUUUCCUCAACCAACUGCAACUGACCCUUACGAAAGCUCAGGCUGGAGUGAAGAAUAACAUGCGAAGGAUGAACAAAAGCAUCAUCCAGCAGGGCUCCAAUCAUAUUGUCCAUGUUGUCCUAUUUGCUCUGUUAUGUUUCUUUGUUGUCUAUCUUUUGUCAAAGUUCUCUAGAAGAUAG